AUGUCAGAAGCUGUGCAUAUAACUAUUAGCGAGAAGGAUGUCAUCAAAAUUAUUUUGGAAUUCCUGGAAACUCGAAGCUUACAUAUUGCUCAGCUAUCACUGGAACGAGAGACCGGUAUAAUCAAUGGCGAUUUCUCAGAUGAUGUCUUGUUCUUGCGACAGUUAAUCCUAGAUGGUCAAUGGGAUAAUGCAUUAGAUUUUGUGGAACCUCUUCGAGAUUUGCCAGAUUUUAAUUUGCGAACAUUUCGAUAUUAUAUUACAAAAUAUAAAUAUUUCGAACUCUUAUGCAUCAGACAAGAGCCAGGCCCAAUGCAUGAUAACGAUUUUACGGUUGAGGAAUUGGUAGAAUGCUUAAAAGAUUUGGAACAUAUAUGUCCAUCGUCAGAGGACUUUCAUGCUCUGUGCGCUUUACUCACUUUGCCUAAAUUAUCUGAUCAUGUCGAUUUUAAAAGUUGGAAUCCAAGCAGCGCUCGAAUGGAGUGCUUUCAAAAGAUUGAACCAAUGGUUACACCUUUACUACCUUCAGCAGUAAAAAAUCCAGACCAACCGUCAUCAUCACAUUCUUUCAAUGAUCGUUUGAUGCAACUGGUCGUAAAAGGAACAAUGUAUGAAGGUUGUGUGGAUUACUGUCAGGCUCAGGCUAUCAAUGAUCAAAAGGGCAUCGAAAAGGGUGCAGUUCCAACAGGACUUCUGUCUACUAAACCACGGCUAAUGAAUACGGAUUUAUCAUUGAUAUCCUGGCUUGCAGCUAUUGGUCGCGGACAGUUUACACUGCCCUUUGAACAGAAAACUUUGGAUUUAAAAAAACCUAAAUUAGAAGCUCAAUGGACAGAACAUAUCCUUGCAACACCAAUCAAACCUGGUGGUACAUUUCCACAUGCUUUGGUUCCAAAUGUUAAGUUGAAAUGCGCUGAAAAAAUGAGCCGUUCUUUGGUACUACCAUCGAUGACAUCAUCGGUUACUGUUGGUGUUUUAUCCGGUACGCGAAGUCCCUUUCAUCCGAUGUCAUAUUCUACGAUGCCAUCAGUGGGUUUCUCAAUCCAAAGUAGCACAGAAGAACAUCCAAAAGAGGUGAUGGCACAAAGCCAGAUGAUUGAUGUAAUGUUCGAAACAUCGGAACACACCAGAAGUAGCCGACCUGAUAAAUCAUGCGAUCAGUUGCCACAUCCCAACACAGCACUAAUGCAAACAUCGGGUGUAAUGCUUAAUGCGUUGCAACGAAAUCAGCAAGGUAUGAUAACACAGAAUAUGGGUUUUGUUAACCCACGGAUGAUGCAUUCCAUGGCGCAAUUGUCCCUCUCUACAGAAAACACGUUACGUCAUCAAUUGGAAGAUAUGGCGCGACGUGGUCAAUGGAUAGGCUCCCUACCACCAGUACCUGAACUUUCUACACCAAACGAGUGCUCUUUGGUAGAAUCAGCACAAACUGAAAAUUCUUUGGAUAUUACCGCUGCACCAAACAAAAAUGAUUCAAUUCCACUAUCUCCAUUACAUUUUUCAUCAGCGUCGACAGGCGUCAAUAAUCCAAUGAGUACAUCUUUAUUCCAAGAAUUUUCAAAUCGACAACUACGUCAGCAAAAAAGACCACAAUUUACCACACCUUUACAAUUUUCGCAAAUUGCUGGUUUAAAUAGUCAGAUGAUGCAUAUCACAUCUGCGUCAAAUACGUCAGAGUCACCAAUGGUUGGUGGUGUAUCGUCACGAAAGAUGAAUAAAGCUCCACUCACGCCAGGUAGGAUACCAAAGGUUCCGGAAGUUAUGACAACUUCAGAAGCUCAUAUCGGACCUGUCGAAUCAGACCGAUCGCCAGUUCGGAGAAGUGCUAGCACUGCUGGUAUUCAAACUGCUACCACGGUAUCUCAGGCAGCUUGUUCAACAAAUGGACUCAGUGUGCAGUUUGUUCCAGUUUGUCGAUAUGAAGAUGUGCAAGCGAUACGGACCGUAGCAUUCCAUCCAACUGGUCGCUUUUUCGCACUGGGAACCAACUCGAAACAAAUGCUUAUCUGUAAAUAUCCUGACCUCAGAAAGUUCAGACCUGAAGAUGCUUCGCGUCAAAUUGAGGUCAUCUUAUCAAGGCCAAAGCAACAUCGCGGCAGUGUAUAUUGUUUGGGAUUCAAUCCUACCGGUGAAUUACUUGCAACAGGUUCCAAUGAUAAAACACUUCGAUUAAUGGCUUUUAACACUGAAAACUGCAAAAUUGGUGCAGAAACGGAGCUGAAUAUUCACGAUGGUACAGUUCGUGAUUUAAUUUUCAUGCAUGAUAAGACGAAUCGAAGUACAAUAUUAGUUUCCGGUGGCGCUGGCAAUUGCCGCAUUCAUUUAACGGAUUGCGCUACGGGUCAACCAUUAAGCUCUUAUCAGGGACAUACCGCUCCUAUUCUUGGCUUAUAUACAUGGUGUAACGGGUAUUUUGUUAGCUGCUCACAAGAUAAAACGAUACGAUUUUGGGAUCUAAGAGGUGCAGAAGCUGUAAACAUCAUUUCUCCGAAUUGUAAGACCUCUAAUGCACCAGUGACAUCAGUUUGCGUAGAUCCAAGUGGAAAACUACUAGUAUCGGGACACGAAGAUGCAUCAGUGAUGUUGUAUGAUAUUGUUGGUGGUAGAAUUGUGCAAAUUUAUCGACCACAUGGUGAUGAAGUUCGUACUGUACGAUUCAGUAACGCUGCAUAUUAUCUUCUUAGUGGCUCAUAUGAUAAAAGAGUGGUUAUCACAGAUAUGAGAGGUGAUUUGAUGACACCCUUAAUGUAUCUCCCAGUUGCUGAACAUAAUGAUAAAGUGAUACAAUGCAGAUGGCAUCCACAUGAUUUCUCAUUUUUGAGUACCAGCGCUGAUCGUACGGCAGUACUGUGGUCGCUUCCGCUUCCACAAUAUCAGUAA